GCGAGAAAACGGAGAACGCCGGUGAAGGUGGUCUUCUCGAACUGAUUGCUGCUCCCAAUCUUCCUCAUGCUCUGCAGAGCUAAGCAUGGCGAUCUCUCCCUCGCCCCGAGCUUCGUCGAAAAGCUCGCACCUUUCCUGCUCCAUUCUUCGGUAUCCACUGCUUUCUUCACGACCCGACAUCCACACUCUCGUCCCUCGAAGCCAAAUUCCAGAAGACCCACUUCAAAAUCUUCUCCCCCACGUCCUGUUUCAGCAAUCAUGGCCGCCCCUUCCCCCGAUGCGAGCACAAUCUGCUCCUUACUAUGUGGGCAGGGCGUUGAAACGUCAAAUUUCGAUUCUUUGCUCAGAGAUUACAAGGGCAGGCUCAGUUCUCCCCUGGUUCUUGAUGUCUUGAGGAAUUACAGGUUCUUGGGUAGGGUUAGGACAUUGGAGUUCUUUUCUUGGGCUGGAUCGCAGAUGGGUUUCCGUUUCGACGACUCGGUGGUGGAAUAUGUGGUUGAUUUCUUGUGCAGAAGGAAGCUUUUCGAUGACAUGAAGUGCCUCUUACUUGCUGUCUCGUCGCAAAAGGGGCAGGUUUCAUGCCGGGCGUUUGCGAUCUGUAUCCGGUUCUUGGGUAGGCAGGGGAGGGUGAAGGAGGCCCUGUGCUUGUUCGAGGAAAUGGAAGUGUCAUUUAGGUGCAAGCCUGAUAAUUUCGUUUACAAUAACAUGCUGUAUGUCCUGUGUAAGAAGGAAAACUCGGAGGAGUUGGUUGAUGUUGCGCUCUCGAUCUUUAAGAGGAUUGAAUCUCCCGAUACGUAUUCGUACAGUAAUGUUCUUGUUGGGGUUUGUAAGUUUGGUCGACUUGAGUCUGCUCUUGAAAUCUUUCAAGAAAUGGGACGGGCAGGUGUAGUCCCAACCCGGUCUGCUGUGAACAUUCUCAUAGGUGACCUGUGUUUGCUUAGCUCAAAAGAGGGGGCUAUCUCAAGAAUUAGAGUAAAUAAUGUUCGUAGACCCUUUGUGGUUUUGGUGCCGAAUGUAGUCACAAAGACUGGUGCCUUAGAGCCAGCAUUAGCUGUUUUCUGGGCGGUCUACGAAAAAGGUUUGUUGCCCAGUGCGUUUGUUAUCAAUCGGCUCGUAGGCGAGCUCUGUCAAUUGGGUAGACUAUCGGAAGUGAUUGAAGUAUUAGACGCUCUUGAGAAUAAAAGGCUCACUUGCCUAGAAGAAUGUUACUCUAUUGUGAUAAAAGCUUUAUGUGAAAAUCGAUUAGUCGAGGAAGUAUCUAGCAUGUUUGCAAGAAUGCUUUCAUCAGGAUUGAACCCGAAGUUAAGGGUCUAUAACUGUCUAAUUUCAAUGCUAUGCAAGGUGGAAGAAAGAUUAGAGGAAGCUGAACGGGUAUUUCAGAUUAUGAAGAAGAAGAGGUGUGAACCUGACAACGUGACUUACACUGCAUUGAUCCAUGCCUAUGGUAGAGCUAAUAAAUGGGAAUCGGCUCAUAGCUUGUUAACCGAAAUGUUGGGUUCUGGCAUUUCCCCUCAUUUUGACACUUAUAGUUUAGUUGACCGACUGUUGAAAGAAAACGGGCGGGUUGAUUUGUCGAUGAAAUUGCAAGGUAAGGUGGAAUCCCAAAUUUUGCUUAAAUGCUGCAAAUUGGGUCGCUUGGAGGCCGCGUACCAGAAGUUUGCAGAGAUGCUUCAGAAGGGUCUCUGUCCACCAGUUUACGUGUUGGAUGCUUUUGAGUGUGCCUUUCAGAAGCACGGGAAAGGUCAAAUAGCUCGGGAGUUGCUUGACAAGAUUGAUGAAGUCCAGAAAAAUGGUUCCUUGGAAAAUACUGAAACUUAAAGGGCUAUGUCUGCAAUUACAGGAGAAAGAUUUAGAUGAGGACCAAGGACCUCUGGCCCUGCAGAUAAAUUUGUACAUGCAAUUCCUUGAACAACUCGGAAAAGGUAAACUGGCAAAUCUUGGCAAGGUCUUUGACACUGAGAUCGAAGAGAAAACAUCAGUGGCAGAUAAUGGUCUUCCUACUGGGAGAAGAGAACAGAAAGAUCAAGUGUUCUACCUGGUCUAAACGAUUGGAGACCAUGGUGCAAAAUUCGUGUUUGAUCUACCAACUAACAAUGGGGCCAAGAGUCAAAUUCCAGGCAUUCAGAUUCAGGCAACUUGGUUGAAGUUUAUUCGGGAUGGAUGAAGGAAAGGGAUGAGGUUGACACAAGAUUGUCAAGAUGGUCUUGAAGUCUCAUUAUCAUUGGACAUAUAUAACUGACGCAAGUUCAUGGAAGGAGGGCAAUGGACUGGAAAAAGAGAGCAAAAGGGAAGCUGAUUACUAGAAUAGUAAACUAGCAGCUGUAAUGUUGAACUAUCUGCUGUAAUGUUAAGCAAUUGUUAAUGUUCACAUUAACAUUGAUCUUGCAUGGAUAUCGAGCUCUUUAAAUUUGUAAAUCAUAAGUGAUCGUGAAUUGACUAAA